CUCUCGCGAGAUUUCCUUCCUCCCGGGUGCAGCUCCCGGCACCUUCCCGGCCUCAGUCGGGUCUCAACCUCAGUCUUCGGUGUCGCGUUCUAGAACAGCGGUUGCUGAGGGGAACCGCGGGAGGCGGGCUCCGGGUUGGAGGCAGCGGCCAGGACGAACCGGCUAGUCCCACCUCUGCUGCGGGAGCGAACCGGGCUGGGAAAGCCGCCGUCUGGGCGGGCGGGGGAGGGCCCUCCCGCCGCGGCGGCUUUGGCGGAGGCCCGGCGCGAGGAGCCGCCGCCGUCUCCUGCUCGCGGGCCGCGCCGACGGGACUGUCCGGGGAACGCCGCGGGCGGAUGGAGGCGCCACUUCGCCCCGCCUGAGCUCAGGAGGGAAGGAGCGCAGCGCGGGGCCCGCCUCCCGCCGCAAGUGCGGCCGCGCGAUCGGCUGGAGGAGGAGCAGCGGGCGCCGGGCUUCUCCCCGCGGGAGCCCCCAGCAUGGUUGACUAUAUCGUGGAGUAUGACUAUGAUGCUGUACAUGAUGAUGAAUUAACUAUUCGAGUUGGUGAAAUCAUCAGGAAUGUGAAAAAACUGCAGGAGGAAGGAUGGCUAGAAGGAGAAUUAAAUGGGAGAAGAGGAAUGUUUCCUGAUAAUUUUGUUAAGGAAAUUAAGAGAGAGCCAGAAUCCAAGGAUGACAAUUUGCCCAUUAAACGGGAAAGACAUGGGAAUGUAGCAAGUCUUGUACAACGGAUAAGUACAUACGGACUUCCAGCUGGAGGAAUUCAGCCACAUCCACAGACCAAAAACAUUAAGAAGAAGACCAAGAAGCGUCAAUGUAAAGUUCUCUUUGAGUACCUUCCACAAAAUGAGGAUGAACUGGAGCUGAAAGUGGGAGAUAUUAUUGAUAUUAAUGAAGAGGUAGAAGAAGGAUGGUGGAGUGGAACCCUGAACAACAAGUUGGGACUGUUUCCCUCAAAUUUUGUGAAAGAAUUAGAGGUAACAGAUGAUGGUGAAACUCAUGAAGCCCAGGAGGAUUCAGAAAAUGUUUUCGCUGGGCCUACCUCACCCUCAGCGUCUCUGGGCAGUGGGAAUGAGGCUGCACUGGGAUCAGUCACACAGCCAAAGAAAAUUCGAGGAAUUGGAUUUGGAGACAUUUUUAAAGAAGGCUCUGUGAAACUGAGAACAAGAACAUCUGGCAGUGAAGCAGAAGAAAAGAAAACAGAAAAGCCCUUAAUUAUACAGUCAGUAGGAUCCAAAACUCAGAGUGUGGAGAUAACAAAAACAGACACGGAAAGUAAAAUUAAAGCUAAGGAAUAUUGUAGAACAUUAUUUGCCUAUGAAGGUACUAAUGAAGAUGAGCUUUCUUUUAAAGAGGGAGAGAUAAUCCACUUGAUAAGUAAGGAGACUGGAGAAACUGGCUGGUGGAAGGGUGAACUUAAUGGGAGAGAAGGAGUAUUUCCAGAUAAUUUUGCUAUUCAGAUAAAUGAACUGGAUAAAGACUUCCCAAAACCAAAGAAACCACCACCUCCUGCUAAGGGUCCAGCUCCAAAGCCUGAGCUAAUAGCUACAGAAAAGAAGUAUUUUCCUAUAAAGCCAGAAGAAAAAGAUGAAAAAUCAGUCUUGGAGCAGAAACCUUCUAAGCCAGCUGCUCCGCAGGUCCCACCCAAGAAGCCCACUCCACCCACCAAAGCCAAUAAUUUAUUGAGAUCUCCUGGAACCGUGUACCCAAAGCGACCUGAAAAACCAGUUCCUCCACCACCUCCCACAGCCAAGAUUAAUGGGGAAGUUUCUACCAUUUCGUCAAAAUUUGAAACUGAGCCAGUAUCAAAACCAAAGCUAGAUUCUGAACAGUUACCACUUAGACCCAAAUCAGUAGACCUAGAUUCAUUUACAAUUAGGAGCUCUAAAGAAACAGAUCUUCUAAAUUUUGAUGACAUAGCUUCCUCAGAAAACUUGCUACAUCUCACUGCAAAUAGGCCGAAAAUGCCUGGAAGAAGGUUACCUGGCCGCUUCAAUGGUGGACAUUCCCCAACUCAAAGCCCAGAAAAAAUCUUGAAGUUACCAAAAGAAGAAGAUAGUGCCAACUUAAAGCCAUCUGAAUUUAAAAAGGAUUCAUGCUACUCUCCAAAGCCAUCUGUGUACCCUUCAACACCUUCAAGUGCUUCUAAACCAAAUACAGCUGCUUUUUUAACUCCAUUGGAAAUCAAAGCUAAAGUAGAAUCAGAUGAUGGGAAAAAAAAUCCCUUGGAUGAACUUAGAGCUCAGAUUAUUGAAUUGCUGUGCAUUGUAGAAGCGCUAAAAAGGGAUCAUGGGAAAGAACUGGAAAAACUACGAAAGGAUUUGGAAGAAGAGAAGGCAAUGAGAAGUAAUCUAGAGGUGGAAAUAGAGAAGCUGAAAAAAGCAGUCCUGUCUUCUUGAAAUGGCAUGGGCCCAUGUUCUUAAUGUUCCAGGGAUUCAGAAGCAACACUAUGAACUUCACCUGACUUGUUACUUAAAAAUAACAAAUGCUGAUAUCCUGAUAAAUAUGAGUAUUUGAACUAUAAUCUGUAGAAAAGUAGGGAGAGGGUGGAUUUUUUUUAUAUAUAUUUUGUUUUGCCAAUAUGAAAAAAAAGAGGCCUUAAUUCUCAUGUGCUGGAAUUGCAAACUUUUUUUUUUUUUUUUUUUAGUUUGCUUGAAAAUACUACUGAAUCUGUAUAAAAAGGAAAGUUCACAAUCGUUUUUUUUAUUGAAACUUGUAGUAUUAUUUUUAAAGAGAUCUAUACUAUAAAUAUGGGGAUAUCUUUACAAAUAAUCUGUAAAAUAUACUAUUUGAGAGGGACAAAUUAGCUUUAUAGUAACUAUAGCCACUACUUUUCCCAUAAUAUGUAAGGGAUAUAAACUUUGUAUAUAUAUUUUUUUUACUUUUAGCUUCUUACCCAGGAUACACUGUUGUGCCUGUUUGUUUGCAGUGCUGUUUAUACUCUGGGUGAUGAAAUAGGAGUUUCCUAGAUAUAAACCAGAUUACUCACCCAUGCAUAUAGUAAUAACUAAUGAAAUAAUCAAAAUAAUUUCAACUUUUAGAAUAUUUUAUAUUGCUUGCACUAUAGGAUUCAUAAAAGGAAUUUAGUUAAAAUGGAUUGUUAACUAUAUUUGGGAAAAUAUGAGCUAUAUUUUAAAAAAUCAUUAGGUCUAAGGAACUAAAAAUGUCAAUUUAACCCUUAACUUGUGCCUAGAAACUACAGCACAUCUAAUAUGCAAACACCAGCCUUACUGCUGUCCUUUCCUGCUUAUUUUACAGGCUCAGAUAUUACUCAUUUCAUGAUCUUGUGAUUUACUUCUUCAUGCUUCUCCCUCUGAUUUUUAAUAAUGAUAACACAAGGAGAACAAAACUAAGAACAUUCAGAACUUCAGUGUGAGGUUUCAUACUUUGACAAAUUGUCAUCAUGUAAAUGCUCAGGUUUUACGAAGUGUAACUUACCUAAAAGACCAAACUAACUGGUGGGGAUAGUUUAGGUUGUCAUUUAUAAAGGUACCAACUUUAUAAAGAGUGUUAAUAGAUUAUUAUUAUUAUAUUAAGCUGUAACAGUACAGCUUAUUUAAAACCAAAUGUAGUUGACCAUAUUCAGAAUGCAUUUUGAAUGCAAGAUGGAUGAAUUUGUAGUUUCUUCAGAGUCGCUUAUGAACAGCUGAAUGUUUUAAAAUGUUACGUCUAUAGGUAAUAUGUCUUAAAAUAUGUCGGUUCAUAUUAAAAAUAGAAAAAUUGACUUUUCAUUUGAAAAAAAAUUGAUUUUCAGCUUUAUUACACAACAAACACUUUGAGAUUUUGAAUACCACCUAUCAUGCUUCCAUUUUGUGUUAUUUUAAACCACCAAACCAAGAUUUUGCCUUUAAGUUUUAAUUUUAUAUACUGAAAUCUUGUGUUAAAUGAAAUUUUGCCAUGUUGUCUCAUAUGAAAGAAAACUGAAGUCGAAAAUAAUAGAAAUUCCAGUAAUUACUUAAUGUUAAAUUCACAACUUACAUUAGUGCUUUUGGGAAAACCUGAUUGUGCAUUGAUUGUGCAUUGAGUAUGUACAUUUUAACUCUUUGAAGUCCUUGGGCUUUUCUGAUGCGGUCACUACUGAACAAAAUUGUUUACUCCUGUUCUAAUGUUUUUAAAUGACUUGUCAAAUGAAUGAUUUCCUUGUUGCUAAAAAAUUAGAUUUUAUUUUCUUUUAAUGAAAGUCCUUAGGUAGAAAUAAAAACAUUGUAUCCUAGAAAUCAUUCUCCAGCUUUCUGACUGGAAAAUCUAUUAAGUGACCCCUCCUCACCCUAAUAAUGGGCUGAAGGAAGUUUCCAGUAGAUUUCAGGUCAUCCUUAAAGUUUUUCUUGGUCAUUUUCUCACUAGUGCAUAAAAUGAAGAUGGUCAUGAAUGCCGAAAUACAUUUAGAGUAUUUGCUUUGUAUACUCCUCAGUCAGAAUAGAAAAUUAAAAUACUGUCUCUCUUUUAGAAAAUUAUUGUGUCUCUAUUUUAUUGCCAUUGACCAAAUAGUAAAGAAAAGAAAGCCAAACUCAAAGGGAAAAAAUGAUUACUUCAGUCUAGCAAUUUACCAGUGUUUGCUCUUGUCAUGGGGAUUUUAGUAUUUUUAUUCAUAAAGUUCAUAUCACAAAAUGGUAUGUAAUGAUAAUAGCCUUUAUUUGGCAAUAAAUCAUUGUUUUUCCUGAGUGAGUAUAAAUGACAGACUAGAGAUAAACAGCAUGGAGUCUGUCAUUGCCAAAUUAUUAGUGAAUGUAUUUUUCAGGUUUGCUAUUUGAAGCGCAUAAUACUACUAAUUUUCCUACUUGUAUUUCAAUAUUAGGAGUAUUGUGUGUGUGUGUGCUUGUGUGUGACCACUAAACUUUAGUGGUUUGGUCUUACUAUAAAGCUGUUACCUCUUCACAAAAUUUAAGUCUGAAGAUAGGAAGAGAGAAUGGGCCUCAUCGAACAGAGGGUUCUCUUUUUUAUGCUUCUUACUGUGAUCACAGAAAAAAAAAAAAAAAAACCCAAGUGCUCUCUUGAUUUGUUGGUAAAUAUUUUAUGCUUGCAUUUAAACUUGAAAUGUAUGAGCAGAAUGAGACAAUCAGUUAAAAUCAGAAAUGAGAAGCGUUAAAAAUUUAAUGGCCUUGUUUUGCUGUAGCAAUAAAAUGACCAAGUGCAAUGACUUGAUUUAAUAAAAUCAUCUUUUAAGAGUUGCUGCUAUGAAUAUUUUUAGCCAUAAAAUUUUACCCUUGUUUUAGCCUGACUUGCCUUCAGUAACUAUAAUGUAAUGCAGUUGGUGUUGUGGUAUUCUAACAUUCCAAAAAAAUAAAAAUAAUAUAUAUGUGGGGAAACUCAAAAUAGUAUACUUCACUGACUUGUUUACAGGUGCUGUAAAAAAGCAUGCUACUCCCUCAAAGAGAAAGACAAUAAAGAAUAGUAUUGCCAGUUG